AUUUUUCGAAAUUAAAUUUUCAGUUGAAUUUUCGUUUGUUUUUCUAAUAUUUCUGAUUCAAAUUUAUGACUUUUUAAUUUGAUUUAUAAUAGCUACGCCAUGUUCUCGAAACUUAUUGGAAAUAUAUUUCCUACCACAAAGUUCUAUUUUAAAUGGCCCAUUUCAUUUUCCACAUUUAUGAUCUUCGUGAUCAUGAUCCUCAUCAUCAUGUUUGAUUCUCUUAAAAUCGUAGAGGGUUGCAGCAGUAGAAAGGUUCUGGAAGACACCAUUACCGAAAGACCGGGAUCCAAGCCUACGGAACAACCAAAGCCAGCAGUCGAGCAGCCUCAGUGCAAACCGUACACGGGUGACUCAAUCAACCCAGUGGCUGGUUUGACAACAAAUGAAUGGCGAACCAGAUACAAAAUGGCAAUGUUACUGGGUGGAUCGGCCGAUGCUAUUGGUUACUACCGAGGCCGUUGGGAAUUUCAAUUAAAAGGACAGAUCAUUCAUGAUGAAGUGAAAGCAAAGGGAGGCAUAAAAUCACUUAACGUUUCAAAGCCAAAUUGGACGUUGUCUGACGAUACGAUCAUGCACCUGGCCACCGGGGAGGCCAUCACAGAGUACAUCAAAACUUCGGCAAAUGAUUUGGAGAAGCUCUACAUAACAAUAGCCAAGCACUAUAUUAAAUGCAUGCUCGAUAUGGUAGAUAGAGCUCCAGGAACCACCACCAUGAAGACAGUUGCAAUGUUGGAUGCAAAUGAUCCUAAGGGUUACAUAAUCCCAUUUGAUGACCGUGGAGGGGGAUGUGGUGGGGCCAUGAGGUCCAUGUGCAUCGGACUCUUGUAUCCCGAUCCGAAACAACUAGAUUUGUUAAUAGCAGUCAGCAUAGAAUCAGGACGUAUGACGCACAACCACCCUACUGGAUUUUUAGGAUCUUUGACAUCUGCUUUGUUCACCCACUACGCCAUACAAGGUAAGCCUGUUCAUAUGUGGGGGGCUGGACUGAUGGAGACCCUGGACAAGGCCUGGCAGUAUGUCAACAAAGUUGGAAGAGAUGUUGAAAAGAAUAAGGGAGCAUGGAGUUAUUUUCGUGAUUCAUGGAGUCGCUAUCUGAAGAUCCGUUGCCUGGAAGGUGGCACACAGCCUCUCUUCCCGUCUCCAUACGGUGUCAGAGAAAGAGAUAAAUUCUACAAGGAGAUAAGUUUUGAUGGAUGGGGUGGAGCCUCAGGACACGAUGCACCGAUGAUCGCCUACGACGCAUUCGUGGGUGCAGGGAACAGCUGGGAGGAGUUGGCCAACAGGGCAUUCUUUCACGGCGGGGACAGUGACAGCACGGCCAUCAUCGCUGCCACCUGGUUCGCAAUCUCAUACGGCCACAAAGAUGUACCCGUCAACAACUACCAGUACCUCGAGUACAGGGAUCGACUCGAAACCGUUGGGGAGGAAAUAUUUAAUUACGUUGAGAAAUAUUUUAACGAACCUAAAAUGUAAUGGCAUUGGUGACUAUUCAUUUUAUGUGCUGUGGACAGGCUAUGAAUUUGCGACAGUCAGUCAUUUCUCACUAACUAUUAUACUUGUGUUUUGAUUGAAUCAUCAGCUGUAUUUGCAUUGUUAUUACUAAUCAUAUCUGACAGUAUUAGAGUGCCAUCAUUUCGCA